AUAAAAUAAAGAAACGUUUCAGAAGUUUCAUAUUUAUUUUCACAUUAAAUUUGAGGACUUUAACUGCAACUCUUUGCACUGUAGGCAUCUUGUAAGGGUUAGCAUUUCCUUUUGUUGAUGUUUAUUUAUUUUCUUUUUCAAUUUUAAAAUUAUCAAUAUUUUUUUAAAGACUUUAAGAAGCCCUUUUCUGUGCAAGGGAGUGUAUCUUCCUCUGAAGAUGGUAGUAAAAGGGAUUCCUCUCUGUUUCUGUUUCAUGCAUUGGGAAAAAUUCUUUACUCCAAGCAGUCGUGACACAAUGAAUGAUUAUAUGGUGUCUUUGGCGUCUAGAGGUCUGAUGUUCAAUUUGUCCUCUGUGACUAAUAGGAGGUGGAGAGCACUGCACAAACCUCAAUUUUAUGAAAAUUUAUCUAAGCAAAGGCGGUUGCAAAAAUCUCUGAAGUAUGCUUUUAGUGGCUCUUCUCUUAGUAUGAGACAGCUACAAGUUGACUUAGUUCCUUAUCUUUCAAAAUUGCAAAUAAGGGAUUUAAAUCCUGCUCAAGUAACACUAACAAAAGAAUUAGGAGAUAUGAAAAUAAAAAAGUUUUUUAGCCAAGUGGGAAAGACGUUAGAUGAAAAAGACCACUUUUGUUUUGGAGAGAAGAGGUCGACCCAAUUGAUGAUACUAACAUGUCAGAUGAAAAUGUCAAGAUAUUGCCUGAUGAAGAGAUUGUUAUAGAAGAAUACGACUUUUGAACACAGAGAUUAUUUGUUGUGAAAUAUUUAUAUAAUGAAGAUAUUUAUUAUAUUUUUGAUUUCUUUUUUACUUGAA